CGUCAGCAGUAAGGGAUACCUUAUCAACAGGCCCCGACUGGUCUAUGCUGUUGAGAUCUCAAACAGCAGUCAUGGACCAGAGGCCCGGAGAAGCGGACGAGGCCUAUCAGGCCCGCAUGCUGGCCUGGAGUGCGGAGACUAAGAAACGGGCAGAUGACGCUGCAGCAGCAGCGAAGAAGAAGGCGGAAGAUGCAGAGCAGGCACGGCUGUUGGCACUUGAACAACAGCGCCAGCAUGAUGAGGCAGCAGCAAGGGCUGCCGAUGAAGAAAGAAUACAGCGUCGUGAGAAGAUAUUCACUGGAGAGCGGGCGUUACUUACCAUGGCAGCAGCAUGGCGGACCGAGGCCGAGGAUGGCAAGUUGGAGGACAGCGCCAACAAGAUAGCGCUCCUCCUCUCGCAUCUCACGGAUCUCCUGGCCACCUGCAUUACACAGCAGGCGGAGAUCCUUGGCCUCAACACCUCGCUAGCUCAUCUCCAAGACCGCCUUCAGCGGUUGGAGCAGCGACCAGUCGCCGCCGCAGACGCAGGCUCUUCCAACACUACCGACCGCCUCAAUGCAUUGGAGAUGGACGUCGGCGCACUCAAGGAUGGCGUACAAUCGCAGCAGACCGCGACACAGCAAUUGCAACACCGGAUUUGCACUACCGCCACCACUUCAAGUACAGAACCGCACGAGACCACUUCAAAGUUCGACGGGCAGGAGAUCUUCUGCGACUCAACGAAGACAGAUCCUAUUCCAUGGUUUCGCAAGUUAGAGUUCACGCUGCAGUUGUCCAACGUCAAGGAACACAAGCACCACGCCUACUUGUACUCUCGCUCAGGGGGCGCGUGCCAGGCCUGGUUGGACAACCUCCUGUCCAAGUACGGAGUGGUAGCUGCGGACUUGGUUCCAGGUGGAGCCGCCAGAGAUCAAAGCCAUGGACAAGCUCAUGGUCUUUGAGCAAGGCACGCUGCCGAGUACGGACUGGAUCGCCGAGUACCAACGCUU